AUGGCGGACGCGGUGCUGUUCGAGUUUCUGCAUACGGAGAUGGUGGCGGAGCUGUGGACACGCGGCCCCGACCCAAGUCCCGGGGGACAGAAGACAAGCCUGUCCGUCCUUGAGAGCAUGGGUUUCCGCGUGGGGCAAGCUCUGGGUGAGAGGCUGCCCCGGGACACCCUGGCCUUCAGGGAGGAGCUGGACGCCCUCAAAUUCCUCUGCAAGGAUGUGUGGGCAGCCGUGUUCCAGAAGCACAUGGGCAGCCUUCGCACCAACCACCAGGGGACUUACGUCCUACAGGACGACGACUUCCCCCUCCUGGUCCGGAUGGCCUCGGGCGUGCAGUACCUGGAGGAGGCACCCAAGUUCCUGGUCUUCACCUGCGGCCUCCUGCGUGGCGCCCUCAGCACCCUGGGCAUCCGGAGCCUGGUCACCGCCACUGUAGCAGCCCUGCCUGCCUGUGAGUCGUGGGAGGGACUGCUUCCCGGCCUCAGGACCCUCCACUCUGUGAGCGGAAGCAUGCCGCAACCCUACCAGGUCCCCUGCUCCAAGGGCACCCUGCCCCACUGCGCCCCCGCCGAGACCUACUUCUUGGACCCGGAGUUGGGGCACCAAAGAGGCCCAGGAAUCUGA